CUACUUAUAGCACACCACAAUGGCAGACGACUUACAGAACUACAAACUACAACUGCAGCAGGUCGAAGCUGCCUUGCUGACCGAUCCGGAGAAUGCAGAGCUGCUAAAGCUGAAGGAAGAUCUGAACGAGGUAAUUGAGCUGACGAAGGAUCUGAUCAAGGCGCAGCAGGAACCGGAACAGAAAAAGUCCGCUUAUAUUGAGCCUGCCAGCAGCAGCUACUACGACGGCGUUUCGGGUGCGGACAAAAAGCAAACAAAACCGGCGAAGGUAUGGAAGGUGGGUGAUAAAUGUUCUGCUAAGUGGAUUGAAGACGGUCAGUACUAUGAUGCUACCAUAGAGUCUAUUUCGGAAACGGGCGAGGUGAGCAUCGUGUUCGAGGCGUACCAAAACCGGAGCAACACCACGAUUAGCGAGCUGAAGGAACCAAAGUCACGGAACGAAGUGUUUCCCGCCAACAGUAACAAACGGCUCCGGCACAAUCAGAAAGAAUAUCUGAAGAAAAAGAAGAUGAAAAAAAUCCAACGUUUCAAGGAGCUGGAGGAGGAGCGUGAAUGCGAGAAGAACAAAUGGCUGCAGUUUACCGCAAAAUCGACGAAGAAAUCAGGCGUCAAGGCAAAGAGUAUUUUUGCGUCGCCGGAAAAUGUAAACGGACGUGUCGGUAUCGGUACGUGCGGUGUGUCCGGCAAACCGAUGACUGAGUUUUCACACGGGGAAAAGUACAGGAAAGGUGUUUAA